AGCUAUUGCACAUAGGUAUCAUACAUGCUGCAUAUAUAUUAAUGACUUUGUUUCCUUGGGCAGCAACUUCACAAUGCGGCCGGCACGACCACCAUCGGCCACGCAUCCAGAGGCUUUGACAUGGAAAUUAAUAGGGGCUCUUGUUUGGCAUGCAGCCUGCAUCGGCGUCGCCAAUACUUGCUUUGCUUCCUUCGUGCUGCCGCCAAGCCUUGGUAGUCUAGUUCGGCCAGCCGGUGUGCUAGCGCAUAUAUUCCUUUAUGGACUCCAAGCUGCGGCUCUCGUGGGCCAUCGCUCGGUGCUUUCGUCAAAUGAGUUUGAGCCGGUGACAUCCACCAAACUGGGCAUCCAUGGCCGAACAUGGAUUUCGCUUUUCCUCACACGGGUUGUCGCGCGUGGGCGCACGUGGAACCACCUCCUGGCGACUGCCACCUUCUUUGGCGCUAACGUGCUCUCAGCGGUUGCCUACGCCUCCGUGUACGCCCGCCUAAAGUUGGGACCCCAAGCCCUGAGCGCAUGGAGCCUAUGGUUUGGCGUGCUUCUGGGCAUGUUCUACUCCUGCAGCUACCUCAUCAGGGGCUAUGACGUCCUCGGCUACCCGGUCCUGCAGCGGCAUCGUUGGUUCCGUCUGAAGGAGCGGAUACCCUCGGCCGUCCUAACCGCCCUCUGGACAACAUCAGUG